AUUUGGAGAACCAAAUUGAAGGAUGGCAGCUACUGGGCGGUGUUGGUUGUUACAGAAAUUAUGCAGCGGACGCAAGCAUUAGAAUCCGCAAGCGAGAUUAUAUUUUUGGAAUCAACAGCCUCCUGCUAUGAAUCACAUGCUACCAUUACAGUAGUGCUUACUCCUACUCCUGUUAGAGCAUUGCCCAUUGCUGUGCUUAUGCACAACUGCCAGACGACAGAGAGCUACAAGACUGCCUUCGGCCUCUUGAGACAGAAAUAUCCUCUCUGUUUUGGUGGCCUACAAUGUUCAGCAAAGUUGAUUGCAUGGGUGUUUCAACUACUGCGUAAGCGCUAUGCACUGCCUGAAAUUGCCACCGAUUUUUGUGCUGUUGAUCAGCACUUGAAUGCCCUUUGUGAUACAGAAGUUACCAACAUCUUCUGCAGAUUCAGUGGUGAUGUAUGUGUCAUCAGUAGAAGAUUUAGAGGCUGCCACUGAAGAAUUGCUGCAGUAGCCUCAGCGCGGGUAUGUGUCACGAGUGCAAAAAUUUCUUGAAAGGAAGGAGUGGGUGCUAUUUUUUUGGUUGGGCCUCAUAAGGAGAGGCCAUAAUACUAAUGUAGAGAGGAAGAAGAUUAUGUGCCGCAGUGGGUCACGCCUUUAGUGAGAGGAGCCAAGCGCGAGCGUUUGCCCUGAGUGCUGUGAUUCCCAAGUCCAUUGCUGCUGCCCACUUUCCGCAUUAAUAGACCUGCUGUGCAAGUACUA